CGCUAGAUGUCAUAGUAUUUUUUAGUAGCUAUAACACUGCAAGCGUCGCGAUUUCCGCUAUGCCUUUUUACGUUUCUGCGUGAUUCGUCCCUUCUUAUUUACAUAUGUAUUUACAUCUUUGUUUACUGCGUACAGAAGUUUCUGAAUCGUCCGCGUAUGAUACCGGAUACAUUUUUAACUGAAAUUUUACCUUAAAUAUUUACAUUGGAAGAAAGUUUGUGAGACUUCUUUAGAAUUAGCAGCACGGCUAAGGCGGCGAAAGCUUCGCUACACCUUUAGGCAUGGCAGCGGCAACCGUGGCACCUGAAUCCGAUACAUCAGGCACCGAAAGCAGUACGGCAGACUCGGAAAGCCACAGUUCGGCAUGGAGCGAGUCUCAGCUUCGGAAGUACCCUUUUCAAACCAGGCCUAUCCCGCGACUCUCUCAUACUGACCCCCGAGCGGAGAUACUCAUAAACAAUGAGGAGCCAGUUGUCUUAACAGAUACGAAUCUUGUGUAUCCUGCGCUUAAAUGGGACCUGAACUACCUGAAGGAGAACAUGGGAAAUGGAGAUUUUUCAGUGUAUAUUGCCCAAAACCACAAGUUUCUCUACUUUGAUGAGAAAAAAAUGGUGAACUUUGAAAACUUUGUACCGAUGUCACGACGUACGGAAAUGAAAUUUGCAGAAUUUGUGGAAAAAGUAGAGGAAAUUGAAGAAUCGGGUGGUGACGAGAGAGUUUACUUGCAACAGACACUGAAUGAUACAGUAGGACGAAAAAUCGUUGUGGAUUUUCUGGGCUUCAACUGGAACUGGAUCAACAAGCAGCAAGCCAAACACAACUGGGGACAGCUAACCUCUAACCUUCUACUCAUAGGCAUGGAAGGGAAUGUAACUCCUGCACAUUAUGAUGAACAACAGAACUUCUUUGCACAAAUAAAAGGUUACAAAAGAUGCAUCCUUUUCCCUCCUGAUCAGUUUGAGUGUCUUUACCCUUUCCCUGUUCAUCAUCCCUGCGACAGACAGAGUCAGGUUGAUUUUGAAAAUCCUGACUAUGAAAGAUUUCCUAAAUUUAAAAAUGUCCUUGGAUAUGAGACUGUGGUAGGGCCAGGAGACGUGCUGUAUAUCCCAAUGUACUGGUGGCAUCACAUUGAAUCCUUGUUAAAUGGAGGAGUGACUAUCACAGUCAAUUUCUGGUAUAAGGGAGCACCUACUCCAAAGAGGAUAGAGUACCCUUUAAAAGCUCACCAGAAGGUGGCUAUUAUGCGGAACAUAGAGAAAAUGCUGGGCGAAGCUUUGGGAAAUCCACAUGAGGUUGGGCCUCUACUGAACACAAUGAUCAAGGGGAGAUAUGAACAGAAUUUCAGCUAGUGCUGUCAUCGCCUUUGUUCCCUGUGUGCUUUCAUUUCUAUUUUUGUACGCAUGUCGAAGCUACAAGUGCAUGCACUACUACUUGAACACAUUUGCCUAUUUAUCAUCUUUAUUUGAUUCCAAAAAAAUGUGUAAAUAUUCCUGAUUUAUGAUUGUCAUUUAAAAUGUCAUUUAUGAUGCUAAGAUAUUACAAGUGAAUGAUGUUUUCAAUAAUAGUUAUUGUAUAGGGUGAGUUGUAAAUUAAAUAUAGCUUGAUGACUGAAAAGACACAAUCGUAAUUUGGUAAUCAAACAAAAUUUGUGAGUGUUAUUGGGCUCUUUCUUUGUACAGUGAAAUAUGCCCUAUAUUGCUUUGUUAAUGUUCAAAUAUUGGACAGAGUUAGAAUAAUGCACAUUAUUCAGUAUUAACUUAUCGUCCCAUUUUCAGUUUUUGUUUAACAUAAAUCUCUCUUUUUUAUAUAUAUAUAGAAUAUAUUUAGAAAAUGUAAAUGCUCCCUGGAAGUUUUGCUAAGUGUCAGGUAGCAUUUUGUAAUGUAUUUAUUGGCUAUGAUGAUGUUGGGAUCCUCUUUGCACAUCGCAGUGCAGUAAUUAUACCAAAUAAAGUACGACAAAUUAUAUAGUACUUUAUAAAUUAUCACAGUAUCCAAAAUUCUAAGAAUGACAAAAACACAAAGAGAUGAUAUAGGAAAGUAGGUGCAUGGUGACAUUUGCAUUAAUAUUACAUGUUUUGUUUGGUUCACCAGGACAGUAGGCACAUGUGUUCCAAAACACUGGAUUGAUUUUUUUUGUAAAUGUCUGUAGUGAUAUUCAUCAGCUAGUUGAUAUGGAGUUUAAAUAUGAAUAUAGCUGAAUAUAUGAAUUUCUUGUUGUGUGUGUUUUAUAUAUAUUUUUAAACUAUUAGUUUCAAUCCUCACCUGAUCAUCGUUUAACAAAAAUCCCAAUUAAAAAUGGCAGUUAAUUGCUUUGUCACUUAA